UCUAGUAGUGAAGAAAUGUUGGUAUGAGAAGAGCAAUGUAGUAAUCCUAGACGUUCUGUUUUGACGCAAUACUCUCAACACCAUAAUAAUAUCCAGCUGUGUUACAAACAAACCCUAAACUUCACUUUUACCACACAUAUAAAUACCUCUAUAAAUAUGGCGUUGCUGCCUACAUACAUAUGAUCUUCUCCCUACACACAACUACUCAUCACUUCAUCACACCUAUCUAUAUAUAUAUCAUUCAUCUUCACAUAUAGAUUAACAAAAAUCAUGGAUUUGGCUCAAUCAUCUGAACAUCUUUGCUAUGUCCGCUGCAACUUCUGCAGCACUGUUCUUGCGGUAUAUAUAUUAUUCCUAGAGAGAGAGCUGGAGACAGUGACUGUGAAAUGUGGGCAUUGCAGCAACCUCUCGUUUCUCAGCGCCAAGCCUCCUAUUCAACCUCAAUUCUAUGAUCACCAAACAACUCUUCACCAGCAGACUAAUUUCUGCAGUGAAUUUAAGAAGGGGCAGUGUUCAUCUUCAUCUUCAUCAACAUCGACUGAGCCCUUGUCCCCGAAAGCUCCAUUUGUGGUCAAACCUCCGGAGAAGAAGCACAGGCUUCCAUCUGCCUACAAUCGGUUCAUGAAGGAGGAGAUACAGCGCAUCAAGACAGCAAAUCCAGAGAUCCCACAUCGAGAGGCUUUCAGUGCAGCUGCAAAAAAUUGGGCUAGGUACAUUCCAAGCUCCUCAGAAGGGUCUCUUUCCAGCAGCAGCAACAAUGGCUGAUUAAUUAAUAUGAAGGAAGGUGAAGCAAAAGAAGAGACAAGGGGUUACCAAGAAUCGUUGCUGCAGCUUAUAAAUCUGGAGGCACUUUUUGCCAUGGAAAUUAAUUAGUCUAGUAGUUUGCUUAUUUAGUUUUAGUUCUGAUCAGGCUUUAAUUUGUUCGAUGAAAACUAUGCUUGCUAAACAUGGUAUAAUUAAUUUAUAAACUAUGUGGCAUCGGACAUAUGUUAAUGGAUAUAUUAUGGUUUAUGUGUCCUUAAUUUGG